AUGUCGGUGGAUGUGAGUUUGGAACGGCUGCCCACCAUCUCCAGGACAGCCUCGGAGAGCCGUGACCUACUGGACCCGGAUGGCAGCAGAAUCAUCAGGUUUCAUUGCAGGUUUGAAGCUCAGAGCGAGGUGAAGGAGAUCAGCAUGAGCAAGUUCACACACUUUAAACGAUUCUUGGAGUCCGUCCAAAACGAGUUUGCCACCGAAGCAUUUGGAUUUUCAUAUUUCUCAACAGAAAAAAAGCAAGAAAUCCAUGUGGUAGACAAUCCAGGGUUUGCUGAAUGCAAGAAUGAGUUUGUUCGAAGCUUCCAACAAGGGGAUGGGGAAAAUGUUGAGUCAAUGGACAUAACUUUGAAAGCUCAAACACGUAUCGACAGGUUGAAAGCAUCAAAGAAACCGGAGCAGUUCAGGAUCGAGAGGGAGCAGCAGCAGAUCAAAAGGAUGGAUGAGAUCGGCGCCAUGUUCAAGGCAGUGACAAAAGAAUCAUCUCCUUUCAGCUCGAACCCUCACGACUGGAGACAGAACUAUCCCCUCCUGGCUGCAGCUGAGGCCGGGGACCUGGAGGCGAUCAAUCGAUGUCUUGACAACAUCAAAGAUCGCGUUGCCCGCGCCAACCAGUCUGAUAUCCUAGGGAGGACCGCUCUCUACUACGCGGCCGGCAGAGGAAGGGUCUCAGCAUGCGAACUGCUGCUAGGCAUGAAGGCAGCAGCCGACGUCUCCGAUCACUCCGGCUUUACUCCUGUCCACAAGGCAGCGCUCAACGGUCAUUCCGCCAUCGUCCGCCUCCUUGCCAACGCUGCAGCAAAUCUGGAUGCCAAGACCCACGACAUGCUCUCCACGCCGCUGAUGCUCGCUGCCAGUGCCUGUCAGAUCGAGUGCGUUGCUGCCCUGCUGCGGCACGGGGCAGACGUGUCAGCAGUGGACCGAGAAGAACGGACGGUGUUGGAGUACAUCCCGGAGGGAGAGAAUUCUGCCAAUCUAAAACGACUUCUGAUCACAAGCUCUCGAAGAUCGCAUCAGCUGGGUGCCGAUGACAAGGCAAGGGAAGGGAGCGGACUAUGCUCGAGAGCUGAAGACUCCAAGACCAAGAUCCUCCACAAGCUCCGGAAGAUCCUGUCUGAGGUGAAUCACAUGGACAUGGAGGCGGUCAUGGGAAGCGCGUUCGAAUCGCAGAUUGAGAGGCACCUAGAAGACAUCGACAGAGGUCUUGAUCUCGUCGACAAUUCCAUAGCAUACAUUCGGAACGUAAGUGCCAAGAAUAGAUGGAAUAAGAUGUGA